AUGUCUUCCACCUUCAGCACGCAGGUGUCAUCCUAUGGGACGCCCCUCUCGCCGUCCAACUUUCAGCACGACUAUCCUUCGCCAGAACUUCCAUAUGUAUCGUCUUCACCUGCUGAGAAACUCGCUGCCUGCCCGGCGGCAAGCGCUGCAGCAACAAGGAUCAUUGCUGCUGCUGGCCAGAUUACGAGCAUCGUACAGAAGCCAUUUCUAUUCAUGUCUGAUGCAAGCAUGGUGUACACCCUUCCCGCAUGCUUGCGUCUCAUCGAACAUUUACACGUCGUUGAGAUUCUACGCGAAGCAGAGGACGAACGCCAGCGAUUCCUUUCCGAGCUGCCUAACAAUUACCCACCCUUAGCUCACCCCUUACGCUUGCUUUCAACGCAUCACAUUCUGCGUGAAACAGCUCCAGACACCUUCGCACUGACACGUGUCGUUAGCCUGCUCGACAGCGGGAAGAACGUGGCAGACGUCUUUGCAAAGUACAAAAAAUAUGUAGACACGUCUGGCAUUGCCGCUUUCGUCGGCUUGUGCACCGAUGAGCUGUUCAAGUCAGCUGCGUACCUCACGGAGGCGUUUACAGGUGUCCAACUUCCUUUAGCUCCUCCUGGGAGUGCUGCUACGCCCCUUCCUGCAUUCAACCUCGCGUUCAAUACACCCGUGCCCUUUUUCGACGGUCGUGAACCGCGCAAGUCUUUCCGCCUUGAACGGUUUUCGCAGGCAAUGACUGGGACGAGUGGGUGGGAGGCGCCUGGGGCGAUCCUGACUGGCUUUGACUGGCUCUCCCUCCCACGAGGUUCGACGAUAGUAGACGUUGGAGGAGGUAUCGGAAGCACAACGAUGAUCCUUGCGCGGGCGUUUGGAGUUUCUUGUGAGGACCUGGACAUGCAGUUCCGCUUCAUUGUCCAAGACCGUCCUGUGGUCGUCGGACUUGGACUUGCCGCAUGGCGUGCACAGUGUCCAGAGAUGCUGGAGAGUGGACAGGUUGUGUUUCAUGAUCCCACCCCGUAUCCCGCAGUCUAUAUACUCCGUGUUGUCCUGCAUGACUGGCCUGACGCUCGUGCACGUCAUGUGCUGCUCAACUUGCGGCUUGCAAGCAGCCCAGAGACGAGGCUUAUCAUUGCGGACCACGUCCUUCCAUUAGCAUGUAAAUGGACGCUCGAUUCUGUUCUAGCGCACCUUGAGGGCGCACAUGGCACACUGGCGCCUGCACCUCUGCUUCCAAACUUGGGCAAAGCAAGUGCAACCCCUUUUUCGAUGGACAUCAUGAUGCAUAUCACUUUCAAUGGCAAGGAGCGCACGUUACGUGAGCUUUGUGCGCUCGCUCUGUCAUCUGGCUGGCGCAUCGCACGUGUGACAUACUCAAAAGGUUCCCAUUUCGGGCACCUUGUCUGCGAGCCUGUA